ACCGAUAGCCAGCACUGCGGUGGAGAGCGAUGGCGCACCGGUGGAGAGCGAUGGCGUGGCGAUGGAAUGCGUUACAAUGCAGCGAUAGCGAUAGCGAUAGCGAUGAAACAGCGAUAGCGAUUGCGCAACGAUGGCACACUGGUGGAGAGCGAUGGCGCAGCGAUGGAACAGCGAUAGCGAUGGCGCAGCGAUGGAACAACGAUAGCGAAGGCAGCGAUAGCGAUGACAGCGAUAGCGAUGGCGCACCGAUUGAGAGAUGGCGCAGCGAUGGAACCAACGUUGCGAUGGCAACUAUGGUACCAGCGUUGCGAUGGCGCAAGGAUGGCCAGCGCUGCGAUGGUCAGGCGAGCGCGACGGCUGCGAUGGGGGAUAUAGCUUUGCGUCGCGAUGGCGAUGAGCUAAGCGCAUCAAUGGCGAUGGUGCAUGGCGAGCGUUGGCGAUGGUGAUGAGCUAAGCGCAUCGAUAACGAUGGUGCAUGGCUAAACGCAUUGAUAUCGAACGUCGUUGACAUUUGCAAAAUAUCCGAAUGACAGCGACACCGAAACUUAUAGAUUUCCAGUGUUUUUGACCUCGGCGCACAACGAAUCGCCGCGCCUCGGCGGGAAAUAAACCGUCGCCUGGCCUCGGCGCGCAACGAACCGCCUUGGCGCACAACGAAUCGCCGCACCUUAUAGAUUCUUGCGCUUGACCUCGUGCGUCGGAUCAUGCCGAUCGA